CGCACAUCUGGACGCAUGCGCACUUUCAGCUACGCUUCAUCGGUGGACGUCCGUUGAGAAAGAAUUUUAAAAAUAGCAAUCAAAAAUAUUUGGAGCAGUUGAAUGAAUGCGAUAUUACACGUGGCAAACUCAUAGCCGAAUGGCCACACGGCGGAAGAAUAAGAAGGAUUUUUUUUUCAUGCGAGCUAGCGAGCUAACAGGCUAGCCCACGUAUUUGGCUUCUUUGAUUUCAUGUCAUUGGUGUCCAAAUGUACCUUCUUUCCACGGUAGUCGCUUCUUUGGCCGUCUUUUUCUUCUUGAAAUGGAUGAAAAAGAGACGCUACUGCACCGACGUCAAACGACUGGACGGGAAAACGGUUCUUAUUACCGGGGCGGCUUCGGGCGUGGGCAAGGAGACGGCCGUGGCGUUGGCCGCCAGGGGAGCCCGCGUGGUCCUCGCCUGCCGGGACGCGGACAAGGCGGAGAAGGCGGUGCGGGAGAUCAAAUCGCGCAGCCGCAGCCUGGCGGUGGUGGCCAUGGAGCUGGACCUGGCCAGCCUGCGCUCGGUGCGCCGCUUCUGCGAGAGCUUCCUGCGGCGGGAGGAGAGGCUCGACGUCCUGAUCAAUAACGCAGCCAUGCCCGGCGUCCUGGACUGGACGGAGGACGGUUUCAGCAUGUGCUUGGGCGUCAACCACCUGGGCCACUUCCUGCUCACCAACCUGCUGCUGGGCCGGCUGAAGGAGUGCGCUCCCAGCCGCGUGCUCACGCUCACCUGCUCCAGCUACAAGUACCAGAAGCUGGACCUGCAGGACCUCAACUACAACCUGCUGCCCUUCUUCACCUACUGCCGCAGCAAGCUGGCCAACGUCUACUUCAGCCACGAGCUGGGCCGCCUGGCGCGAGGGAAGGGCGUCACCUCCUUCGCCGUGCACCCCGGCUUGGUGCAGAGCGAGUGGACGCGCCACUACUCGUUGGCGGUCCGAGCCGCCGCGCGGGUCCUCACGUGGAUGUUUUCGGCGUCCUGCGAGGCGGGGGCUCAGACGGUGGUCUACUGCGCCGUGUCGGACGAGGCGGCCCGUCGGGGCGGCGGCUACUUCGCCGACUGCCGGCCCGCCGCCCUGCGACCCUUCGCCCGCGACCCCGACGUGGCCAAGAAGCUGUGGGAGGCCAGCCUGAGGCUCGUCCAACUGCCGUGACAAAUUUCUCUUGGAACAAUCGCUCAAAUUGUCGUCCGUUUGAGGAAAUCGAUUCGGCGAACGUGAUGACAAAAUGUUACCAUUGAAAAGAGCGCCGGCCACUUUUCUCUUGUCCAAGCUCGCCGUUUUAUUGAAGUACAAG